AUGCCGAUUUUCGCAACUGCCGGUGACUUUUGUCAAUCAGCACAAUUGACGGAAAUAGUUCUACCUAACGCUCAUAGCAAAAUAUCGGUUCAUAAAAAUGCAUAUGGAAUUUUUGUAUUGCGAUUAUAA